CUUAUUUUGGCGCCAACCAUCAUCCCAUUAACCCUUAGUUGACCCUCUCCCGUUUGCCACCACCGCCAGGAUUAAUCCGACGCUUAUCAAUUCGUUCUCCGCGCUGAGGUUACGCCGAUGGGCAGCUUAUCUGUGUUUCGCCUUCCUCAAUUCUCAGAGGAUGAGGCAUGGCUACCGUCAUGGCUUCAGCACUGCAAUUUCGAUAUACUGAAUGUGGAGUCCAUCACGACGGAUCAGAUUACAUUUGAGCAGCGCGUUGAGGAAUUGAAAUUUCACUGGACUGGUGUCGGCAGUGGAGAAUCUUUGAAGGAAGAAGGUGGAUUUAACAUUGGUCAAUUAUUUAUAUCUGGAACUGAUGGCUCACCCUUUAGUCUUUCUCAAUCUGCUAAUGAUGGGGUUCAGUUUCAUCUUUGUCUGUCACCAGAUGGCGACUCAGAGAUCACAGAUCAAAUUACUGAUGCGUGCCCAAACAAGUCCAAGUGUUGUGAUAUUGUUCAACCUCGUGAGGAAUCAAGAACUUUAGGUCAGGGAUGUGUUAAGUUAAGUUUUAGUCCUGGAUCAACAAAUUGUUCUCGACCAGAAUUGGAAGGACAUCUGGACAAGUCUGAGAUGUUGAAGCAUGAUGAAAAUACGAGUUGCUCUGAGGGUGCUGCUGAUGUUGUAGAAUUAUGUAUAGCAGCAUCAGAGGCCCUGGUAAUUAAUGAAGUUACUGAGAGUGAGUUGUUGGCAAAAUCUUGUUCUGCUUCAGCUAUACUUGAAGCUUCUCUUCAGAUAAAACAAGCACGUUUAGAAGUUUGGAGGGACACCCACACCUUUAAUGGCACAAGUUAUAUAGCUGGUGAUAUCAGUGAUUUGUCCGACUUGGAUGAUAUAGCUAUGGAAAGUGCAUAUGAGGAUGCAGGACAUUUGAAUGAAUUGCAUGUAAAAGAGCUAAGUAUGUCACAAGUUAAGGACACUUUCGACUCUGAAAAUGAUGAAAACAUAAAACAUAAGAAUACCACUGCUUCUGCCACUACAUAUAUUUAUUCUCCCAAUGGUGGACAUACGAAUAUAGUGGAAGGUGUUAUAGACAGUGACAUGAAAUUAAAAGAAGUCUUGGUCACAGAACGUCUUGAUAGUGACAAGCAAAACGGGGCAAUUUGUGUUUCGGUGUGUGGUUUGGGCAGUGAUGUCGGCUACCAGGAUAAUAGUGUGAGGACUAUUGGUGCUCACAUGGAACCUCAUAUUUCAGAUUCAACAGAGAGAGCGAAUGCGACUACACCAGGAAGCAAUUUACGUGUUAUAAAUGGGAGCUCUUCCCCAAAUAUGAGUGGCCAAGAAAAGGAUAAUACUCCCACAAAUAUAAUUCAAGGUCAAGAACAGUUCAAAAGUCGGUGGUUUGGUGGUUGGAUAAUCAAUAAUGAUGUGAAGUAUACCUCCAUGAAACAUAGCAUUCCCCAACCUUUUUGUGGUGAAACAAGUUUUUUGUCAGAGUCUGCGGAUGUUGCUCCAGACCAGAAUUCCUGUGCGCAGAAUCAUGAUAAAGAGGCCAUGAUAGCUUCUCAGUUAAGUACAUCUAUUGAAAAUUUCCGCACCACAGUUAUAGAUGGGAUGCUACUUUCUCAAGAUAUAAGAUCUUCAAAUACAUCUUUGGCGGACCCUCUCUGCUCUGUUGUACCGUGUAGUAUUUCUGAGAAUGUUUGUUCCUCACCAGCAGUAGAACGAGAGGACAAAGUCCACCCUUGUCACUUCAAUGUAACAAUUGAAUGCAACAAAAACAAUAUCUUCCAGAUCACUCCCUUAGACAACGAUGUAGCUCAAAGAGAAAAGGUUGACAUGCCAAUAGGUAAUAUCGAGGAGUUAAGAAAUGGAGUUUCUAGACGAUUCACUUCCCUUCGAGAUUAUAGCAAAUUGCCGCCUAACUGUACAAAGUUUUCCCCGAAACAUGGUCACUGGGAAAGUUCAUCACUCAUGCAGAGCAACAUCGACUUGACUUCCCAGGAAAACCACGAAGAAACUGUGAAGGUUUGGGCUGAAGUUUCAAACAAAGAAAAUACCCACACACUCCCUAAUUUGGUGAAAAAUAGGUCUUAUAGCUGCUUCCGAGCUUCUAUAUCUUCCACGGAUGAAGACAAUGCAAUUCGAACAUCCCAACCAAAAACCAAUUCUCGAUUCCCAGACAGUGAGAAGAAGCAGCAGACGCUAUUACAAUGCAAAACUCGAAGUGCUCAAAAGCUAAGAACAUCAAAACGUGUUCAUUUUUGUGAAAGAGAAACAAACAUUCCAGAGAAAAAGAGACUCAAGAAGGUGCAAAGUGCACCAAAAACUUGUUCUUCUACUAGAGCUUUUAAAAGGUCUACUAGAUUCAGUGCACCUCUCAAAUCUGGAGCUCCGCAGAUGGAUAGAUAUCUGAAGAAACAUUUGGAUAAGGAGAAGAGGAGAUUGAUACUUCAAAAUAUGGAAUUCUUUCUCACUGGAUUUUCUCAUAAAACAGAAAUGGAAAUUGAGGGUCUCAUUCGACAAUAUGGUGGCAUAAUUCUUUCUCAAAUACCACCCAUAAACUUGAAGGGAAAGAGAAGAUCUAUAAUUAAGUCUCAGGCCCUUCCCAUUGUUUUAUGUUUGAAGAAGACAAACUCUUUCAAGUUCUUGUACGGAUGUGCAGUAAACGCCUAUGUGCUUAAAGUAAAUUGGCUUCAUGAUUCGCUUGCAGCCGGAAGGGUCCUACCCCCAAAAAAAUAUAUGAUCCUACCCAGAAAUAUUAGCAGAAGGCAGGACCAAGUUUAUACAGCUGUGAACUAUGAUGAUCGUUCCCUUGUUUUCAACAAUUUGGGUGUCAUGCUUCAUGGGAAAACAAAAUACUUCGCAAAUAUUGCAACCAUUAUCAAGCAUGGUGGAGGACAGAUUUUCAAUACCCUGCAGAUAUUGGUCCAGGCUCUUGAAGCUGGUGUAAUUUUAACGGGGAUCAUUGUUGCUCGUGAUGAGAGUUUUUCUUCCCGUCAUUUGAAGCAAUGUGCAUUGGAGCAGAAUAUACCGAUAACGUCAGUGCAGUGGAUUAUGAAGAGCUUAUAUGCUGGACAGCUUGUUCCCUUAGAGGAGAAAAAUAAUUCCCGACAUCUGCCAGCUGUUACGCUUCAAAGACGCAAAGACCUGAUGGAGUUAAGUCAAGAAAUAUGAUCAUGAGCUUUUUUAAGUACUUAACGCGGAAGUGUUGGUGAAAUGGUGAAGCAGUUUAUUUUGUUCACUUGGUAAUUUUAUGUAUUACUUACUAGUGAAACCAGAAAUGAUGAUCAUCUAGAGCUGAUUCUGUUGUCAGAUGCUAUAGUUAAAACUGCAAUGAUCUGAAUCAGCAUCUUGAAAUUCUGGAUGAAGCUACAGAAGGAGGAUAUUUGUUUCUCGAAAUUUCUGGAUGCACUGUCUAAUUUAAUUUAAGAAGAUGAGGUUCGAUGUGAACUUCAGAGUAAAGAGAAAUUUCUAAAGAUCAACAAGAUUGAUCGUGAGACUAGUCUUCUGAUAACGAAAUGUGACGGCAAAGGUACGUGUAAAAGUCGAAGAAAGACAUUUAUAAUCAGGAGAAGUAUAUAUUUCUGGUCCAUUUAAUUCGAAGUUGUGUUAUGUUUGACUUCGCAGAGUAGGGAUCAGAUUUUGUAUGUAUUUGUGCUUCUGUUGUCAAUUGUUUAGCUCUUGUAUUCAAUAAUUCAUAUCUUUUCACAAGCACUAUGGUGUAUCUCAUACGCUCUUCCAUUUUUUUUUCCUGUGUAAUAUUGACAUCUCCUCCAUCAAAGGACACAAGGUUCACCCAAUCUCUAAAGUCCUACCCCUGCUUUCCUGAACAGACAGAUGCUUGAUCUUAUGCAGU